UGAACGGGCGUUGAAUUCUUUAAUGAAAUCAUGCACCUUUGAUGCAAAUGCCACACCUCUGCAAUUUUCUUACCAUCUCCUAUAUAACAAUUCUUGUAUUAUCGUACAAUAAACACCAAUGUUCACACAUUUUGCAGGAUUUUCAUAUAAAAUUCAGUAUUCUGUUACUUGUAUAGAGUCCCUCUCCCAUUUAUAGAUUUUCUUCCAUAUUUUAGCAUAAAUUAUCUGUCAACUGUAACACAACUUUCCAUUGGAACCAUCUGUCUCCUCUGCCCGAGUUAUAUAAUUCCAUAAAAUGGGUCGAAUUCCAUGCUGCGAGAAGGACAAUGUGAAAAGGGGUCAAUGGACUCCAGAAGAAGAUCAAAAGCUUUCAUCCUACAUCGCUCAACAUGGGACUCGUAACUGGCGUCUCAUUCCUAAGCAUGCCGGUCUUCAGAGGUGUGGGAAAAGCUGUAGACUUCGAUGGACGAACUACCUCCGUCCAGACCUUAAACAUGGCCAAUUCACAGAGGCAGAAGAACAGACUAUUGUAACUCUUCAUUCAGUCCUUGGAAACCGAUGGUCUGUAAUUGCUGCUCAGCUGCCAGGACGCACAGACAAUGAUGUUAAAAAUCACUGGAACACCAAGCUGAAGAAAAAGCUUUCAGGGAUGGGAAUUGAUCCAGUUACCCACAAGCCCUUCUCCCAUCUUAUAAAUGAAAUCGCCACCACCCUUUCACCGCCACAAGUUCCGCAUUUGGCUGAAGCCGCCCUCGGGUGUUUCAAGGAUGAAAUGCUCCACCUCCUCACCAAGAGACGUAUCGACCUCCCGCUGCAGCAAUAUUCCCCGGCAAUUCCUGUCAGCACAACCACUUGUGUUAAACACGAGGAUAAGGAUGAGACAAUUGAGAAGACCAAGGCCAUAAAAGAAUCCGACGUGCUACCUAUAAACAAGCCGUGGGACUACACUGGAGCAAUGUCUACAAAUUUUUCAGGAACAUUCAGUUGUUUUCCAGCAUCGGAUUCUGGAUAUCACUAUGGCCUUGCAUCGCUCGGUAAUGAAGGGAAUGGAUCUCCAUGGAGCCAAAGUAUGUGUAUGGGAAGCACGUGCACAGCAGGAGACCAGCAAGUCUGCCUCAAGAAACCCGAGGGUGAAAAUGGUGAAGACUCGGAGGGAAGAAAAGAAACACGAGAUGGAUCCAUCAUUAUCAGUUCAGAAUGUGUUUUGUGGGAUAUACCAUCAGAUGAUUUGAUCAAUCAUGUCGACUAAGAAAUUUUACACGAAUUACAUAUUUGGCACUGGACAAGACCAGAGAGUAAAUAAACAAGAUUGAAACUUCUUUUUCUCUUAAUACUAUCCAAUACUAGAGCAUAUUUCUUGUUCAGGAAAAUAGAGGACCAUGGAGAUGAGAAAAGAAGUGUAUAUACAACUUGCUGAUGAAUUACCUUGACAGGAAGAUAAUAUACACUAUUCCAAUAAUACCUUUCAGACUUUCCUUGUC